AUGCGUCCUCUGAUCCGCAUUAGUUUCUUCUUCACCAAGCAUCCCUCGAUGUCUCAGUCGGAAUUCGAGACCUACUGGCGCGACACACAUGGCCGUCUAACAGUCGCAUCCAAGGCCUUCAGUGAAGCCGAAAUCCAGCAGUACACCCAGAUCCACAAGGACAAGGCUCUGAAUAAUGAGGCCGCGAAUAUGGGCCUCUCGCUCAUGGAUCUCGCGUGGGAUGCGUGCUCGGAGAUUUAUGUCAAGAGUUGGGAGGACUACUUGUUGUUCGCCACCAGCCCUGAGAUGAGAGAUGUUCUAGCGCCUGAUGGUACUCAUAUCAUUCAUCCGGAGAAGGGUGUGAGAGUUAUGGUUACCAAGGUUGAUCCAUUGUAUAUAAGUAGUAUUCUCUGA